GCCCCGCCCUGCUUCCUCCACAAGCUUCCUCCCCCCACGCACCCCGCUCCCCCGUGCCUCGCGGGCCUCGUCUCGCGAUCAUCCAGCGAGCGGCAGGGAGGUGGGUGGGCGUCGCGUCCAGCGGGUCGGUCGAUCGGCGAAGGACCAGCGGUCUCUCUCCCCCCUCCCCGAUCGACGGCGGGAGAGCGGUGGCCUCUAUGCUCUUGCGCGGGUCGGCCCGCCGCCGCUGAUCACGUCGGGAUUGAUAGGCAGACGAAGAAAAGGAUCGGCGAGGCCACCCCACGCGAGCGACAAAAAUGGACGGCCACCCCUCGCCGCGUUCCCAUCACCAGCUCCCUCCGGCGGAGCGGGACGGCAGCUUCGGCUACGACAUCGAGAGCAUGGACGGCGGCGGCAGUGCGUGGCGGGGAGUCGCGACUGGGCGGAACGGGUCGUCGGAGGCGCUGCUACAGUACGACGACGAGGGCGACGGCGGCCCGCGCCAGCCGCUGCUGCGGAAGCGAACCAUCAACACCACUUCCCAGAUCGCUAUAGUCGGCGCCAACGUCUGCCCUAUCGAAAGCCUCGACUACGAAAUUGUGGAAAAUGACCUUUUCAAGCAAGAUUGGCGAUCGAGAAAGAAGAAGCAGAUAUUUCAGUAUAUUGUUCUUAAAUGGGCCUUAGUUCUGCUUAUUGGCAUGUCGACUGGAAUUGUUGGCUUCUUUAACAACCUUGCAGUCGAAAAUAUUGCAGGACUCAAACUAUUGCUCACGAGUGAUCUCAUGCUCAAGCAGAGGUACUUCACAGCAUUUUUGGCAUAUGGCGGUUGUAAUCUAGUCUUGGCAGCUACUGCCUCAGCAAUCUGUGCUUACAUAGCACCCGCUGCUGCUGGAUCUGGUAUUCCUGAAGUUAAAGCAUAUCUUAAUGGAGUUGAUGCUUAUUCUAUAUUAGCUCCCAGUACAUUAUUUGUGAAGAUAUUUGGAUCUAUACUUGGAGUCUCAGCUGGAUUUGUACUUGGAAAGGAAGGCCCCAUGGUACAUACAGGAGCAUGCAUAGCGAACUUGCUUGGUCAGGGGGGUUCACGCAAAUACCAUCUUACAUGGAAUUGGCUGAGAUAUUUUAAGAACGACAGGGAUAGGCGAGAUUUGAUUACUUGUGGAUCAGCAGCUGGAGUGGCAGCAGCAUUCCGUGCACCAGUUGGUGGCGUGCUCUUUGCUCUUGAGGAAGCAGCAUCAUGGUGGCGAAGUGCUCUUCUAUGGAGAACAUUCUUUACAACUGCUGUUGUUGCUGUUGUGUUGAGGGCUCUGAUUGAGUUCUGUCGUAGUGGAAAAUGUGGUCUCUUUGGGAAAGGAGGGUUGAUUAUGUUUGAUCUAAGCUCAACUAUCCCGACAUACACUGCCCAAGAUGUUGUGGCAAUAGUUGUCCUUGGAAUAAUUGGUGGUGUCUUUGGAGGCCUUUUCAAUUUUCUCCUGGAUAGGAUUCUCCGCGCCUACAGUUUUAUUAAUGAGAGAGGUCCUCCAUUCAAGAUUCUUCUCACCAUGACAAUAUCAAUUAUUACCUCAGCAUGCUCCUAUGGGCUCCCAUGGCUUGCUCCGUGCACGCCGUGUCCUGUUGAUGCUGUAGAGGAAUGCCCCACCAUUGGCCGCUCUGGAAAUUUUAAGAACUUUCAGUGCCUGCCGGGUCAUUACAAUGGUCUUGCAUCACUCUUCUUCAACACAAACGAUGAUGCUAUCCGCAAUCUGUUCAGCAGUGGCACUGAGAAAGAGUUCCACAUGUCCACUCUUUUUGUUUUCUUCAUUGCUAUCUACUGCCUUGGCCUCGUGACUUAUGGUAUCGCCGUUCCAUCUGGUCUUUUCAUCCCAGUUAUACUUGCUGGGGCUGCGUAUGGCCGCAUAGUGGGGACACUUCUUGGUCCCAUAUCUGAUCUUGACCCUGGCCUCUUUGCACUACUUGGUGCGGCUUCUUUCCUCGGUGGAACAAUGAGAAUGACCGUAUCAGUGUGUGUGAUCCUUCUGGAGCUCACAAAUGACCUCCAUAUGCUCCCUUUGGUCAUGCUCGUCCUCUUGAUAUCGAAGACCAUAGCCGAUUGCUUCAACAAAGGGGUCUAUGAUCAGAUUGUAGUGAUGAAAGGUUUGCCAUUCAUGGAGGCACAUGCUGAACCGUACAUGAAGCACUUGGUUGCUGGUGACGUUGUGUCGGGGCCACUUAUCUCCUUUUCUGGCGUUGAGAAGGUGGGGAACAUUGUUCAUGCGCUGAGAAUCACGGGCCACAAUGGGUUCCCAGUGGUUGAUGAGCCACCUGUAUCAGAAGCUCCAGAGCUGGUUGGGUUGGUGCUUAGGUCCCAUCUGCUGGUUCUACUGAAAGGCAAGACAUUCAUGAAAGAACAGGCGAAAACCAGCGGUAGCUUCGUGCUGCGAAGAUUUGGUGCCUUCGACUUCGCCAAGCCCGGUUCGGGAAAGGGUCUCAAGAUCGAAGACCUGGAUUUCACCGAUGAGGAACUCGAAAUGUAUGUCGAUCUCCAUCCAAUUACGAACACCUCACCCUACACGGUGGUUGAAACAAUGUCACUUGCAAAGGCCGCAGUGCUCUUCAGGGCACUAGGAUUAAGACACCUACUGGUAGUGCCAAAGACCCCAGGGAGGCCCCCAAUUGUUGGGAUUCUCACAAGGCACGAUUUCAUGCCGGAGCAUAUUCUUGGGCUGUUCCCAAAUCUCAGCAAGUCACACUAACAAGGGCCAAAUUACCAGCAUUCGACAGAUCAAUUAUUUUUGUUUGCCGUCGCCUUGUGGCUACAGGUAUUAAAGGAAGCGGCUUUGUGCAAAAUUUGCUGCUCCGAUCGAAUCUUGCCCUUUUGUUGUCUAUACAUUCAUAAGAGAUACUUGAAAAUCCAUCGAAUAACACAAUCAGCAACAGAAUGGAAUUUUGUAGUUUGUGCUUCUGU